GGCCUCCUGCCCGGCAGGCUCUCCAUCUUCCAGCUCUUCCUGGCCGCGCUGCUCCUGGCCCUGGGCUCGCUGCUCUGGCUCCAGCUCAGCUGCGCGGGCGAGGCGGCCGGUACCGGUGCCGGUGCCGCGGCGCCCCGGCAGCCCUGCCCGCCCCAGCCCCCGCCGCCGUUACCGGACGAUGACCCGGGCUGGGGGCCGCACCGGCUGGCCCUGCUCGUGCCCUUCCGCGAGCGCUUCGAGGAGCUGCUGGCCUUCGUGCCCCACAUGCACCGCUUCCUCAGCGGGAAGCGCGUCCGGCACCGCAUCCUGGUGCUCAACCAGGUGGAUCACUUCAGGUUUAACAGAGCGUCUCUGAUCAACGUGGGCUUCCUGGAGAGCGGCAACGACACCGACUACAUUGCCAUGCACGACGUCGAUCUCUUGCCCCUCAACGAGCAGCUGGACUACGGCUUCCCAGAGGAAGGGCCCUUCCACGUGGCGUCCCCAGAGCUGCACCCGCUCUACCACUAUAAGACCUACGUGGGUGGUAUCCUGCUGCUCACCAAGCAGCACUACGAGCUGUGCAACGGCAUGUCCAACCGCUUCUGGGGCUGGGGACGGGAGGACGACGAGUUCUAUCGCCGCAUCAAAGCAGCCGGGCUCCAGGUUCGCCGUCCCACCAGAAUCGAGACUGGAUAUGAGACUUUCCAGCACCUGCAUGAUCCAGCCUGGAGGAAGAGAGACCAGAAGCGCAUUGCUGCGCAGAAGCAGGAGCAGUUUAAGGUGGAUCGGGAAGGAGGUCUAAACAACGUGAGGUACCGAAUCGAGUCACGGACAGCUCUGAGCGUGGCAGGAGCCCCCUGCACUGUCCUCAAUAUCUUGCUGGAGUGUGACAUGAGCGAAACUCCUUGGUGCACGUUUGGCUGAGCAGCCUGCCCCGCGUGCCAGCCGCGUGCGCUGUGCUUGUGCUGAGAUGCCAGGGCUGCCGCCGGCCGCUUGACGCAGGCAGGAUCGUUGCAGUAGGCAAGCAUGGAGGUGCUGGCAAGACGCAGAGGAACGGAAAGGGCUGAGAAUCAAUCGCUGAUGGGACCAAGAGAAGAGGCUGAGCGUGGGACUCGAUGGCGUUGCUGCAAUCAGUGGUGCUGCCUCGUGGGGCAGGUGCGGGGCUGUUUUCCUGCACUGGAUGAGUGGCUGAACUGCCACCUGCUUCUGAGGACAAUAAAAACUGUCAGGGCAUCUGCGAGGUGUGAAUGCC